CCCUCGCGCAGCAAAAAACGCUUGUUCGCGGCUUUCCGUCGUGCUGAUUGCAAAGACCUGUUGCGAGAAAUUUUCUUCAAGCAUUUGGUAGCGCUCCGCGAUCGGUGCGGUCUGCUGACCCAAUAUUGACUCAACACAGCACGGAGAGCUCACACAAGCAAACGCACUGGAGACGGCAAUGCGGGGGUCAUGCGGACUGCUGCUCGUCGCAGGACUCACCAUCGAGCUAUUCGCAGCAGUGCACGCCAUCGAGCUGCACCCCCUCAGCCCGAGCUUUGGACUAGAGGUGCGCGGAAUUACACGAGACGACUUGCGCACCGAGAAGGCGCACAAAACCCUGCGCGACGCCUUCGCCGCGUCGAGAGGUCUCCUACUGCUGAGAGGCUUGCGCGGCUUGAGUUGCGACGAGCUCAUCACUCUGUCGAGUGUCUUCGGCGACGUCGAGGCGGCACCCGCAGACGGUAGCUACGAGACCCUCGUGGACGACGCGGGCCGCGUGCACGAGUUCGCCACGGUGCCCUCGUCGGGCGUGUUUCAAGGCCGGGCCGACGACACGAAUUGGCAAUAUGAUGCGGAGACGGGCAAGCCCUCCUGGCACACGGACCAGAGCUUCCGCUCGCCGCGGCCGCUGGCGUCGGCCAUGUACUGCUUAGAAACGCCGGGCGGCGGCGUCGGCCAGACGGUGUUCUGCUCGACGGUGGCCGCCUGCGAGGACCUGCCCGCACGCAUCCGGUCCCGACUCGCGAAGCUACGGGCCGCGCACUCCUACGAGCAGCUCAGCGCCUCCUUCCGGAGAUUUGCUGGAGGGACGACGAAGACGCUGUCGGCAACCAGGAAGGAGGCGCUCGUCGAGCCGGCGCUCUACCAUCUCGUGGACGACGGUGCGUUGUACCUGGCGCCGCACGCCAUCUCGUAUGUCGUCGACGAGACCGGCAAGGAGAUUGCUGGAUCUGAGCUCGUCGACGCCCUCGCCGCUUGGUGCACACGACCGGAAUACGUCCACGCGCACGCUUGGGAGCCUGGAGACUAUGUCGUGUGGAACAACCUGCGGACGAUGCAUGCCGCGACAGGCGUACCCGAGUCCGCGUCGAAGCGGCGCAUGUGGCGAACCACGGCGCUACCGCGCGGCGGCGGUGCUGAAGCCGACGUGACGGUCUCGGUGACGGCAUCGGCGGCGCGCGCCGUCGCGACCGCCGCGCUCGAGCGGAGCGGGUCGUCGCGACCCCAAGCCUCGGCGGCCGCGGACGCGUUCGUUGCCGCUGAGGUUGACGGCCGCGCGGCGCACGGGCUUCGACGAAUCGCGGAGGUCUGCGAUGCUUUGGGACGAGGGGACAUUGCGGCGACCCCCGACGUACGAGUCCUCAUGGACCAGAAAAGUGUCGUCGUCCGAGUUGACGGCAGUGCAUAAAUCAAAUGUCGCGACGCAUAUCUGACCUCCACGCCAUCGACGCGAGGGCACCUGACUCACUGGUGAUUUGUGCACAGGUUGAUGGAGGUGGAGGUCUGGCAUUUGGCCCAUUGAGGGACGCGGUCGACGCGGCGGCGGCGGCGGCCGAAACGCACGGAGCGGCCGUUGGUAUAAUUUCGAACACGAGGAGCGUCUCCGGACGACUCGCGCCGUGGGUCGAGCGGCUGGCGGAGCGCGGACUCGUCGCGGUGCUGGCGUGCAACACGCCCGCCUACCUCGCCGUGGAGGGCAGCGCCGAGCCGUGCCUCGGCACGAACCCCAUCGCGUGGGCGUGUCCUCGGAGAGAUGCUCCGCCUGUGGUCGUCGAUCUGGCGCUCGCCGCGUCCUCUAGGGCGGCGAUCGAGGUCGCGGCGGCCGCGGGUGCAAAAUUGCCGCGGGGCGUCGCGAUCGACGCGGACGGAAAGCCUACGCGCGACGCCGCAGCGGCGUUGGACGGCGGCGCCCAGCUACCGGCGGGAGGCAUCAAAGGGGCGCUCUUGGCGUUGCUCGUCGAGGUCCUGGCGGGCGGAUUAGCGGGCGGUGACCUCGCUAUCGACUCCGACGACUAUCAUACGAUGGACCGGAGCCUAUUUCUACUGGUCGUGGACCCGGCCAUGACAACGCGGGGAUUCGACGUGGAGCGGCUCCUCGAGCGUUUCGGCGUGCGUGCGGGCGCCGCGGCGCGGGAGAGCCGGGAGGCCUCGCGGCGCGCCGACGACGACCACGACGUCCGCGUGUCGGCGGCUUUGUGGUUCGAGCUGCAAAGGCGUGCACGUGGGGUUGGGGAUGUGUCUGAUGUGGAAGGGGUUUUGCCGCGUGAUUAAUUGUUGUAGGUUUGUA